AGGGCAUAUCGGUGUGUGUGAACCCGAGAAAACCCAACCAAAGCCCUAAGCCCUACUCUCCGUAUCUCCACCGCUAGCCAUCGCCGCUGCGGUGAAGGCCGCGAGCAAGGAGUGCGGCGCCGCUGCCCCCCGCGUCGUCGAAAUUGAAGUUCACCUUCUUGCCGUUCUUUCUUCCGGAUAUUUUUGGAUUGAAGCGGAUGGCUGCGGAACCAGAUGAGGAGCCCGAGCGUCAUCCCAUGGAGGACCAGGGUUCGUUUGGAGACGAUGCAGUAAAGAAAUGUGAAGGUUCAAAAGGUAGAAGAAAGAGGAAAAGAUCUCGGGAAGAUGAUGAUGCGAAUGAAAAACGUGGUGUCUGUUACUUGAGUCGAGUUCCACCGCGCAUGGAUCCGUCUCAUGUUCGGCAAAUCCUUUCGCAGUAUGGCGAAAUACAAAGGAUAUAUCUUGUUCCAGAAGAUCCCACAUCUCAGGUUCAGCGUAAGCAAUCUGGUGGUUUUCGAGGAAAAGAAUUCUCUGAAGGGUGGGUCGAAUUUGCAAAGAAAAAUGUUGCCAAGAAGGUUGCAAGAAUGCUAAACGGCGAACAAAUAGGUGGAAAGAAAAGGUCGGCAUUCUAUUAUGACAUUUGGAACAUCAGGUACUUGAGUAAGUUCAAAUGGGAUGAUCUGAUUGGUGAACUAGCUGGCAAGAAACGGGAAUGCGAGGAGAAGCUCAAACUGGAGAUAUCUGCAGCAAAGAGGGAGCGAGACUUCUACAUGUCUAAGGUUGAACAAUCUAGAGCUUUGAAAUUUAUGCGGGAACGAAAAGAAAAAAAGCAAAGGUUUGAAGGGCAAGAUUCAGAAGGUGCACAAGAAACCAAGGUCAUUCGCCAACACCCACAGAAUCGACCAGUUGCAGAUGGUGGUCUUCAAAGUAAACCUAGGCUCUCGAAGGAUCUCCUAGCAGGGGUAUUUGGUCGGUCAUCCUCGUGAAUUUUUCAUUAGUUAUACGAAAAGAUAGUAUAUGCCGAGGGAUUUCCAGAAGUAAAUUUUGUUUUGUACAUGUAAGUUUUUGUUCUAAGCCUGAUUUUGUAAUAUCACUUGUCGGAGAUUAUACAUCUCAAUUAUUCCUC